AUGGAGUCUUCCUCCCGGAGUAGUGCUGCCAACGGACUGUGGAACAGCCCCAGACCCCAGUGCAGUAAGGAGGCCCAGGACCUGCUGAGAGUUAUCAAAGAAGAAUCAAGGCUCACGAAUCUUAAAAGAAAAGAAGUCGUCAGAUCCUCAGAAGAUGAAGCAGCUUUGCCUCGAGCCGUCGUUAGUACAGAGUUUGUACAGAGGCCGCCAUCACUGAGGCCUCUGAGACGCAGCGCUGAAUCCUGCCAGUCCGGGAACAGCUACGAGAGAGAAAUGUUCCGCCCUGGUCCCGCGCGAGACUUGGAGAAAGAAAAGAGGAGACUUCAGAGCAUAUUUGCAACAGGAAAAGAAGAGUCCCGAGUGCCUAAAAAACCUCCUGCAUCCAGCCAGCCCGAGGCGUCGGAGGAGAGGGAUCGAUAUCAGGAAAUUAUGAUGGAAAUAGAAGAAAGGAAGCAGUUUCUGGCAGAUAUGGCGGCUCUGGGUCAGGAGAGGGAGUACACCAUCAUUAUAAACACGCAGAUAUCACAGAGAAUUCGGGAACUGGAGCAGUUAAAACGAAAGAAAGAUCCCGAGUAG